CUAAAGCCGGUGUAGUUUUUGAACAGUCGCCACUCUACGUCAAUCCUCAGCAAGGCCAGUCUAUCAACAUUACCUGUGUGUUGGAAAGCUCCCAUGAAGAUGAAGGGAUCUACUUGCUCAAGACUUGCGUACAACCUGAAAGAGUGCUAUAUGUUUCAAGUCAGAAUGCUUCAGCUAUUUUUCCAGCUUUUGCUAAUCGUUUGGAGUAUUCAAAAGAGGAAAAGAAAAUAGUGAUAACUCUGCACAACCUAAGGAAAAAUGACAGUGAUGUGUAUGUAUGUGCUGGGGUGUUCAAAGGAUCCUCUUCCCUCUCAGUGAGCAGAAGUGGCACCAUGAUGAUGAUUAAAGAGGUGGAGCAGACCGCCUGCAGUAAUAGCUCCUGGGCCAUCUACGGACUUACUGUGGUGGUAGCACUGCUGUUUUCUGCUCUGAUAUGCUGCACCUUGUACCGCGUCAAUAUGAAGAAAUACUUUCAGAAAAGUAAACCAAAUGCAGUAUAUGAAGAUAUGUCUUACAGUUCUAGACGUAGCACCUUGGUGAGAACCAACACUUACUCCAUUCACAAUUAA